AUUGCAAAACGUAUUGAUGUUUGAGGUGUGUUCUCAUGUUUAUAUAUGUUGAAUUUAAAACAAAUAAAAAGGAGACUUAAAAUAUUUCAAAUGCCUAAAGCAAAGAAAGCGAAAACAACAAGAGGUGGUGGAAGUAUAGUAAGCGAAACCAUACCUUCGGGAACAAGUACAAGUACUAGUAGGACACAUGCGAAAAAAGGCAUAUCGAAGAGAAAAUAUGAAAAGGGCGGUGGUGAGAGUUUUAUCAUAUCGGACGAAGAGCUGAUAAUGCUACCUGUGCGAGACCUCAACCGCCUUCUAAAAGGCAUCUCAAAGGAGAAGGUGCUCGAGCUGAAGCAGCGGCGGCGGACGCUCAAGAACCGCGGCUACGCGGCGAGCUGCCGCGAGAAGCGCGUCUACCAGAAGGACGAGCUCGAGGACCAGGGCGAGGAGUUGAACGACGAGAUCGACAACCUGAAGGAAGAGAACAGCACGCUGAAACAGGACCUCGUCAAGAUGAAGCAGAAGUACGGCGCGCUGCUGAAGUUUUCGCAGCAGGCGAUCCCGAGCAAAGCCGUCGCCGUGUCGAAGCAGCAGCAGCGGCCGGCGAAGUGACGUGUCUGCCUCCGACGGUCGGGGCGGCGGGGGUGGAACUACGAUAGUGCAAUUAAUAUAGAUACCUGAAAACUGGCAGCGAUUACAAAUUUACAGCUGUAACUACUAUAGUGCAAUUGAUAUAGAUAUCUGAGAAAUAGCAGUGAUUACAACUAUAAAAAAUCUGAUUUUCAGUUUUGGUGUGCCGGAAAUCCAUAUGUUCACUCCACGUGUGCGUGUGUGUAUAUAUGUAUAUAAAAUGGAAUGUGUAGAUAUGGCAUUCCUUAAAAUGGCAGUGACCGAUAUCAUUUGCCGUUGUCUGCUUUUAUUUAAAAUAAGCAGAUUUUGAAUGAAGUUAACGCGGAUGAUAAUGUCGGUGUUCUGCAUGAUACAACAAAGAAGUGCAUUUACAUAAGCAGGAGUGAAUAUUAAUAGAUCUAUAGAUAUAUAUACAAAUUAUCUAUCUCUCUAUCUUAUCUAUAUACAUAUCUCUG